AUGUCGCUGGACACAACAUGUUUGACAGACGUCGAAAACGGAACGCAUGACGAAUACUGUGCAGACUUCAACGAAUCAUUUAGGAAAGAGUCAGCUCCCAUACUGAAUGUAGAUUCAUUCGCAUUGUUCGGCCGACCAUCUUUCCUACGAACACGAUGGUGGGACAGAAAAAGGAGAAAAACAUUUUCCUGGAUAGGAAAAAUAGUCUCUAUGCUAUUGUAUACAGCAUACAUGGUGUAUGCCAUAUGGUAUGAUAGUGGUAAUGCUUUCUUGUUGCUGUUUGACACUUGUAUUGUCAGUUUAUGGAUAGCCGCACAUGCAGAAAGGUCUAGAAAACUUUUCAUUCGAGCAGGGAAGAAAAUCGUUAAAGCCAACAGGACAGUUAAUACGAAAAUUCCUUAUUUAAGAAUAAUAAUAACAGUAACUGUAUUAUUGGUACUACUGGUGUUUUUGAUACACGAAUGGAUCCACGACACCAGAAAACUAAUACCUUUAGGUGGGUUGAUACUUUUGUUGUUUCUAACAAUAUUGACGUCACGUUCUCCAUCUAAGAUUAAAUGGACGCCAGUUAUUUGGGGAAUCCUUCUUCAAUUUCUGUUUGGACUGAUUAUUCUACGUUGGCCAAUCGGCUAUGGAGUUUUUGGAUUUAUUGCCAGUACCUGCACAGCAUUUAGUGGCAGCGACUUUCAUGUCCGCUCCCGACCGGCUGCAUUAGCAGUAGCUAAAUUAGGAUGGCCUGAGGACAGUGCUGCUGAAGAAUUAGAUUUGAGCAAUUUACAAUGA